UGAUCUCUGGAGAUACGGCUGUAACUGGGCUGAGUCCCGGCCCAUAUGGAGCCUACCUCCUGUGGGCUGAGAGGACAGAAUACACAUUAGCAAGUGCUGUGAAUGCUAGAAAGGACGUAAGUACGUGUUCUGGAGAUGCUGAGCCCUGGUGGAUGAGAGGAGCUAGCCUUGGGAAGAGCGAGGGGAGUGGGAGUGGGGCUGCAUUUCAGACACGCGGAACAGGAAUUGCAGAGGCUAGGCCCGUACAUAGGAACGCGAGCAGCGUUUUCUAGGAACUGGUCAGAAGCCCUGAGCCCACCCUGGUUGAAGAGACUGAAGAGUGGUCCAGGUGAGGUUGAAGAGGUCAGCAGGGACCAGCUUGAAGCUGAUGGACAUUGUAUGGGCCAGAGGCAGGGAUGGUCGGCUAUGACCCCAAAGCAGAUGGCAGGAAUAUCUCCAAUUUCGAGGUGGCAGUGGCUGGGUCUGUGUCUGGACUUGUCACUCGGGCAUUGAUCAGCCCCUUGGACAUCAUUAAGAUCCGUUUCCAGCUUCAGAUUGAGCGCCUGUCUUGUAGUGACCCCAAUGCAAAAUACCACGGGAUCCUCCAGGCCGGGAGACAGAUUUUGCAGGAGGAGGGCCCAACAGCAUUCUGGAAAGGACACAUCCCAGCCCAGCUUCUCUCCAUAGGCUAUGGAGCUGUCCAAUUUUUGUCAUUUGAACUGCUGACUGAGCUGGUGCACAGAGCCAGUGUGCACGAUGCCCGUGACUUCUCGGUGCACUUUGUGUGUGGCGGCCUAUCCGCCUGCGUGGCCACCCUCGCCGUGCAUCCUGUGGACGUCCUGCGCACCCGCUUUGCAGCUCAGGGUGAGCCCAGGGUCUAUAAAUCCCUGCGAGAUGCCGUGGUGACCAUGUACAGGACCGAAGGCCCCUUGGUCUUCUACAAAGGCUUGAACCCCACCUUGCUCGCCAUCUUCCCCUACGCCGGGUUCCAGUUCUCCUUUUACAGCUCCUUGAAGCAUGCGUAUGAGUGGGUCAUGCCAGCCGAAGGGAGGAAAGACGGGAACCUCAAAAACCUGCUUUGUGGCAGUGGAGCUGGAGUCAUCAGUAAGACCCUUACGUAUCCCCUGGACCUCUUCAAGAAACGGCUGCAGGUCGGAGGGUUUGAGCAGGCCCGAGCUGCCUUUGGCCAGGUUCGAAGCUACAAGGGCCUGCUGGACUGUGCCAAGCAGGUGCUGCGAGAGGAAGGCGCGCAGGGCUUCUUCAAGGGCCUGUCGCCCAGCCUGCUGAAGGCUGCCCUCUCCACCGGGUUUGUGUUUUUCUGGUACGAGCUCUUCUGUAACCUCUUCCACCACAUGAAGAAGGCAGACAGCUAGCCUUGAAGGCAGGAAGGGUGGCCUGAGGUCUACG